AUGGAGAACUCCGGCAGCGAGUUGUCAGAGAACGUGAGCGGCGUGCUCUGUAUUGCGUUGGAGAUACUGGCAGGAAUAGCAGCCGUGGUCUUGGUGGAGAGAGCUGGCAGAAAGUCUCUGCUUGUCGUAUCUUCGGCCUCCAUGGCUGCCAGUCUCUAUGGCCUGGGUGCAUUCUUCUACAUGCUAUCGGUCGAUGAAGAGUGGACGCGCCGUUAUCUGUUUUGGCUUCCGAUGAUGGCGCUCAUGAUUUUCCUUGUAGCUUAUGGGGCGGGGCUGGGGCCAGUGACAUGGAUCCUGAUAGUGGAUAACAAUAAUGACCAAAUCAGGAGAGAUGUUGCCCCCUCUGGCGAAGAACGUGGGUUCUGGACUGGCAGUGGCGGGUGUGUGGACGGCAUCCUUCCUGUCCGUAUACUCCUACGAAUUUCUACAGUGUCGGUGAGUGCGAUUGCGGUUGGCGCGGUGUCUGGUUUCAACGCUCCUGCUUCUUUCCAGCUACGAGCUGCCCAAGAAUUCGCUAAGUUUACUGACAAUCAAACAACGUCUAGUCUUCAAAACACGACAAGUCGUACCGCAGACAGCAGCGGUACAUCCGGCAGUGGUAUCCAUGGUCACAUCAGCACUUAUCAUUACUUUACAAUGUGUAAUGCAACUGAUAGCAACGAAACAACAAUCACUCCUGAUGUUAACAUAAUUACGCAAAAGUUAGCAUGGUCCCUCAUGGUGGACAGCCAGCCAACAUCAGCGCGGUCCACCAUAGUGAUGGACAACCAGCAAGCGCUUGCACGGGCUGUCGUGGUGAUGGACAGCGAGGAGCUGUCGUGGUUCUUAUCAGCAUACGCCGUGGGGGCGCUGGUGGGGGCGCUGGGGGGCGGCGCCCUCAUGGACGCCGCAGGACGGAGGGGGGCGCUGCUGGCUUCCGCAGUGCCGUCCCUGGUGGGCUGGCUCAUGACAGGUCUAGGGACCAACGUAUCCAUGCUGGCGCUGGGCAGGGGAAUAACAGGAUCGUUUAUCGGCUUGAGCUCAGCGGCUGGCUGCGCCUACAUUGGUGAAAUUGCAUCCAAAGACAUCAGAGGAAGGCUCGGAAGUUUCUACGAGCUCGCAUGGGCCAUUGGCGUCUUGCUGGGCAUGUUGGCGGGGGAGUUCACGACGUGGCAGCAUUUGGCCCUGAUCUGCUCCAGCCCGACUCUGCUGUACGCCGUCCUCGUCUACUGCUGCAAGGAGUCGCCGGCUUACCUUCUCUUGAAAGGCAGAGAGACUGAAGCAAGGGCGGCUCUUCAGCAUUUCAGAGGUGCUGAUUACUGCAUCGAUCAAGAAAUUAGGGCCGUAAAAGAGUCCCAAAUGGAAGCCAAAAAGUCCAAAUUAAAGCUGGCUGACCUUAAAAAGGCCCACAUUUACAAACCCAUUAUCAUCACCUUCACCAUCGGCGUCUUCUCCACAGUCUGCGGCCUCGGAGUCCUAACUGCAAAUCUCAGCACUAUUUUCAAGAACUCCGGCAGCGAGUUGUCGGAGAACGUGAGCGGCGUUCUCUGCAUUGUGUUGGAGAUACUGGCAGGAAUAGCAGCCGUGGUCUUGGUGGAAAGAGUUGGCAGAAAGUCUCUGCUUGUGGUUACUUCUGCCUCCAUGGCUGCCAGUCACUGUGGUCUGGGUGCAUUCUUCUACAUGUUAUCGGUGGAUGAAGAGUGGACGCGCCAUUAUCUGUUCUGGAUUCCGAUGACGGCGCUCAUGAUGUUCCUUAUUGCUUAUGGGGCGGGACUGGGGCCAGUGAUAUGGGUCCUGAUAGGUAAGUAA